AUGGAGGUGGUCGGCAACAACCCAGUUCCGCAGCAGCAGCAGCAACCGCAGAUGAUUCCAGCUGAGAGCAGCGGAGAGGACCACGAGAUGAAGGCCCCGAAGAAGCGGGCCGAGACGUGGAUCCAGGAUGAGACUCGUAGCCUCGUCGCUCUACGCCGGGAGAUGGACGGGCUCUUCAACACCUCCAAGUCCAACAAGCAUCUGUGGGAGCAGAUUUCGGCCAAGAUGAGGGAGAAGGGCUUCGACCGCUCCCCUACUAUGUGCACCGACAAGUGGAGGAAUCUGCUCAAGGAGUUUAAGAAGGCGAAGCAGCAGGUCAGGGCUGGAGGUGGGGCCUCGAAGAUGUCCUGCUACAAGGAAAUCGAUGAGCUGCUGAAGGACAGGAACAAGAACGAUGGCGGCGGUGGGGUGGGUCAUUACAAGAGUCCCACGCCCUCUGCCAAGGUUGAUUCCUACCUGCAAUUCUCCGAAAAAGGUACCCCAGAGAGGUCCACGGGACAUUGAAUACAGGUUUUGGUGUUUCCUAGGUAGAAUGAGGUUCCUGAAUCAUGGCUUUUAUUUCAUAAGGUCUUAAGCUUUUGAAACUAUGAGUAAUGUUUGAAGGCGUUGAAUUGUGCCCAGUGAGGGUGCUUAUUCUCAGUGAGCUGUCUUUUAUUAUUCAAUCAGUACAUUAAUUGACUCCAUUAUCCUAACUUUUGUUUCUAGCGUACCGUAAACCACGAAAAUCCAAUUCAUUUCUCUUUUCAUCAGUUUUUUUUUUCCAGGUUCAUAUCAUUAUGCAUCUAAAUAUAUAGAGUGGACUAGUAGGAACGGAUUUGGGACCGUGUGGAUGAUAAUGGUUAUCUGUAGUGGAUAUGCUAUGUUUGCUGGUUUCUGACCUUCAUGUACUCCUUCAGUAGGUUUCCAUGCAUCCCUUUCUCUCUUGAACGACCAUACAAUAUGAAUCAAUCUUCAUGUUCAUUGUAUCUUGAACGGUCGCUAUUUUUGAUGUGUUUUUUCUAGUUUUUCUCUCUUCUCUGUUAUUAACUCUCACGAGACUUUGGUGUGUUCUGUCGAAUUAGGUCUUGAAGACACCGGCAUGCCAUUUGGGUCUGUUGAAGGUACCAACUUUCUGGUUUGAUAAUGCCCUCUUUAGUAUUAACUUUCUUUGGGACAUAAAUUUUGAUUCAGUGAUGCCCUUUUUGUACGAAUUCUCUUGGGUUCUAAGGCUCAUUUUUUUAAGGAAAUACCAGCAAUUUCUUCUAUACCCGAUUUUUUUUGUCCAACUUUACUCUUAAACUGCCUCAUAUUUUCAGUUUCUUGAAUAAUCCUAAUAUGCAAUAAGAUUCUUUGAAUUGAAUGUAUACUGUUCAUAAUCUUCAUUCAGUUAUUGUAUUAUUCCGUGAUUGGCGUAAACUGCAUGAUGUUGAAGUAUGCUGGAACUGCAUGAUGUUUAUUUUCACGCGUAAAAAAGUAGGUUUGGGUAUCAAAUUUGGCCAUUGUACCAAUUGCGCACAUCUUUUGAUUUCCUUGUAUGAUUUUCAUCCUGUAGAAACUAAUGAUGUUGCUUGCAACUAGUGAAACCUUCACUCAAAUAUGGAUUUCGUUCUCUGUUAACUCAAAUGGCAUUUACCAGUGGUUACAGGAUACGGUCUCUUGAAUCCCCAGAGUAUUCUUUUCUCACAUGUCAGAUCCUCCGAGUAUGGGAUCUUUAUUUUUUUUUCCAACGUCCUUUCCCACUAGAAGAAAGAAACAUGAAUAUAAUCCAUGUGCUGUUGACUGAUUGACCACUCUUUUUGCAGCCCAGCACGUUCAAGGGUUCUCCGAUAUCAUGGUUCCCUGGCUUCUGUGAAAAGAGUCACCAUAUCUUUGAUAAUAUGUAGGCACGAAAAUUGGGUUAAUAAACGGGGAGAUUGUAGCCCAAGAUACUGCCGAUCCUCUCUUUGGUACCUGGCUGCACUAACACAGUAUCAUCAUCUCCUGGCUUACUAACUCUAUUUGGGGUGAAUUCCCGGAAACAAUUUCGAGGAGGAAGACUGGUACAGAUGAGUGGCUGUUACUGGGAAAGACGCUUAGAGGAAAACAAGGUGCUAUCUAUGUCUUCUAAACCAGUGAUAGUCACUGGCUCAAGAAAUGGGAAUCUGUCUAUGUCAAGAGAGAAGAUUUUGGCCGUCACUCCAUGUAUGAUUGCAAUUUUGUGGAAAGAUCAUAGGAAGUUUUUUGAAGCACAUUAUGAGCAGCCUCGUGCUUCAAAUUACCGGGUGUGGACUAAAAGGGUGAGAACACAAGCCCACAGAUGCAAUGUGGAUCAGCUCGGGUGUACUGCAAAGUGCUGGGUGGAGAAGGAAGCGAGUGGCCACAUAUACACGUCUGUCGAAAUUAAUGAACAGGGGAGUCUGCUACUUUCAUCACCUUUGUUUUAUCAAGGUGAGGAAUUGGAUUAACUAGGAGAAAUUAAGUCUGUAAAGGCAUAAAAUGACUGCAGAAAAAGAAUCACCAUGUUUAGGGCUUUUACCAGUUCUAUUGAAAGAAAGAUCUCUUGAAUUUUAAAAAUGGGAAGUAAGACGGGGCAAAUAAGAGGAAACGUCAGGUCGGCUCUGGCUAACAGUGGCACUUGUUUCUUCUCUGCUGGAGGAGGUUUUAUGAGCUCUACCAUGCAUGCUCUUCUAAAACAGCCCUCAAUGACGUCGCAUAUAUACUAAAGAUUAUUUCACAUUUGUACCAUCCUCGUCCAAUCUAUCAGGCACCCCUAUUUUGGUGUUUAGUGAAAAUUUCUUUGAGUUUCUGCUGGGUCCUCGAUAUUUGUGCCAUUUGAUUAUGUGACUAUCAUCCCUUAAUUGUUAUCUUUCAGCCCCUUUAUCUAAAGAUCGGACAAAAUGGCUGCUGACUAUGGUUGAAAGUCUCUGUUGUUGUAAAGGGAAAUUUAAAGUCAAUAGAUAAUCCCAUCUUCAGUCCCUUAAAUUAUUACCUUAUCUCCAUAUCUUAUUUCUUUUACUAACAUGGGUACAUAAUGAACAUUUCUUGUGACCGUUCCUAGUCACUGAGCCUUAUUUCCUAUGGCUUGAAGAUGAGGCAAUUGAUCGAGACUGGCUUUGGAUAGGGAUUACUCCAUUGCUUUAAGACAAGAAUGAAUGCAUCUAUGCAUUCUUGCUCUAGCGGAGAUUUAGGUUGCCAGAUUGACGAGACCCAUCUAUUGCAUUCACAUCUUGGACUUACUUUUUUACUCCUUUGGGAGUCUUUCAGUCAUCCCUAUUCGGUUGACUGAGUCAUUAGUACCCUGAGUUCCCAAUGUUGGAUAACAGACUAAAUUUAAAGCCGGUCUCUACGGGGACUUUGGACAAAAUUUGUUAAAUGCAUAAGAUAGUAAUCGACUAUUACUAACUGGUAGUUGUGAGACAAAUCUUAACCAUGGCAUCCUUUUAAGACUUUAGCUCGAGUUUGUCUAAUGUUAUGGUGAUCCACCAUGGAAAUAGUUAAAUUAUCUGUUCGAGAAAUAGCUCGAGUUUGACUAAUGCGAUGAUGAUCCACCAUAGAAAUAGUCAAAUUAUCUGUUCAGGUUUUGAAUGGUGUCAAAUUUCCUGAGGAAUGAAUUUGUCUAUUGGCAGUUCCUUGGAUGGAGUCCAACCUGAUCCCUCUCAAAAUUGAAACGGAAAUGAAAAUAAAAAUUUGAAUGAUAAUCUGACAACCUUCCUUGAAUCGACAAGGUUUAUGAAUGUUCUGAGAUUUUUUUGCUCUCUGUUUCACCAUAGAGGAGAGAGGAAGGAAAUCUUCACUGCUUCACUGGUUAAGAUCCGCCGUCACUUUCCACCACUCAUUUUCACCACCGGUCUUCCCUUCCCAAGGAAUAGGGGUUGGGAUGCUCCAAGACUUAAUAAUGCAUCUUAAAUUAUCAAUAUAAAUGUUCAACUAGGAAUUUAUAUUUUUUUAGUUCUUGCCACUGUACUGGACUGAAGAACACACCUUGAAUCUGUCAGUUGUGAUGGCUUCGGUUCUCCUUUGUGACACUCGCUUCUGUGGAUGCUUGGGAGGCAAAUUCGACCAAUUUGCCUUGCUAGAAGGGAGGGAAGCUCUGUUAUGUUAUCACUCGCUGGAGCACCUUGUGCUCUGAAACCAAACUAUUACUUGCUGCAACAUAUGAAUAGUGACACGUCCAGAAGAACAUCAACUGGUACUGAUCUGGCAUGUUGGUUCAUGAUAAGGAUAUGAUCUCCACUGAUUGCAACUCGGUGGGAUGAUGUGAAUUUUAGUGAAGAACAGAUAAGUGACCUAAUUAGUCACAAUGUGAUGGUGUAUCAUCACAUCCGGGUCAUCAAAUUCCCAACCAGUUUUCUUUUCUAUUUUUUUUUUUUGGGUUCAUAACACAACGCUGUUCGAGAAAUGCUUGAAUGACACAACAUUUUGUAUCCUAUUCUCAUCUGGUAGUUGACUUCUGUGCAUGACAUGAAAGCCAUGCUGCCUUCUGUGCGCCAUGAAGGUUUCUAACACUCUGAAAUAUCAGCUUUGCACGCUUUCUUGAUGCUUUUUGAACUGGCCCCUUUUAAUCUUCUCAAAGGGACGUAGGCAGAAGUAUCAGAACUGUUCAACUUUACUAUUUUCCUGGAGUUAUCUCAGUUUAUUUUAUUUACCAGGCGCAUUGUGUGUCCCUGUUGUGUAGAACCAUAGUUUGGUAUAUAUAUAUAUAUAUAUAUAUAUAUAUAUUAAUGUCUAUUUUAUGGCAUUCAGCUCGAUCGGCGCUCAACAUGGAUAGGCACUCUGACAAUGACGGGCUUCCUCUUGCCAUAACGGUGGCUGAUGCAGUCGGAGCCAACGGUGUCCCACCUUGGAACUGGAGAGAUGCUAGUGGGCUCGGUGAAGACCCUCCCUCCUUGGAAACUUCCGUAGCUUAAUCUCUUCCAUGGCCAAUCCUUGCGAGGCCAUCUCUCAUCUUAGCCAGCUGCGCGGGCUGAGACGAUUCACUGGGUGCAUCAAAGCAGCCGCCUUUUUAUGUUUAUUUUGCGUAUAAUCGAAGCUUCUGAUCUCCCUGUCUCGAUUCACAGGUGGGCAAAAUAAUGCCUCGUAUAGUGGGCGGGUGAUUCUGGUCAAGCUGGGGGACUACACGAGGAAGAUCGGCAUCGAUGCCAGCGCUGAGGCCAUCAAGGAGGCCAUAAAGUCUGCAUUUGGGCUCCGGACAAGAAGGGCCUUCUGGCUCGAGGACGAAGACGAGGUUGUCCGAAGCCUCGACAGGGACAUGCCACUGGGGACCUACAAUCUUCGUCUCGACGAAGGUAAAGUCUGCUUCAUUUUCUUCGUUUUUCUAAAAAAAAUCUCUUCUUUUGGGCUCAUUUCCGCUUUCUUAUUAUCUUUAUAUAAUCCCAUCUUUGUUGGGUUUUCCUUUCUAUUCCAUUUCAUUUCCUCGUAUGGCCUGAAAUCGUCUGAAAUCAUAUGAACCCAACUACUCGUAUGCCCAAGAACCAGCUGAUCCUGAAGAACAUCUGAUUACCAUAUUUGGUCGCAUUGGGGGGGCACAUGUGUAUGGUUUUUAUCUGCCCUUGAUUGCUAUUUUUGACCAAAUCAAUCCCCUCAGGUCUGACGAUCAAGGUCUGCGUCUACGACGAGACCGACCGGCUGCAAGUCCACACGGAGGAGAAGACCCUGUACACAGAGGAAGACUUCCACGAGUUCCUCAGCCGCCGCGGCUGGACCGGGCUCAGGGAGUACGGUGGCUUCAGGACCGUUGACAGUCUGGUGGAGCUCCGCCAGGACAUCGUCUACCAGGGCGUGAGGCUUCUCAGUGAGUGA